AUGGUCCACGUUCGCACCAAGACCAUGAAGAAGGCGUCCCAGGUAUUCACUGAGACACACUACAUGCACCUGAGCUACAACUUCCACACCAACAAGUGUGUGUGCGAGGAGAUCAUGGUUAUUCCCAGCAAGAAGCUCCGCAACAAGAUAGCGGGCUAUGUCACACGUCUGAUGACACAGAUUCAGAGAGGCCCUGUGAGAGGUGUCUCCAUCAAGCUGCAGGAAGAGGAGAGGGAAAGGAGAGGGAAUUAUGUUCCUGACGUCUCAGUCCUGGAUCAGGAGAUCACUGCUGUUGGUCCCGACACUAAGGAAAUGCUGAAGCUCUUGGACUUGGCCGUCUUACUUUCUAUAGAUAUAGACAUGGAUAUAGAUAUUGACAGAGACAGAGACAGAAAUGUGGACAUAGGUGGAAAUGGAGAUGGAGCUGUAGACCUAGAUGUAGAUGUAGACAUCGACGAGGAUGUAGAUAUAGAUAGAGACAGAGAUCUCACACAUAAACACUCCUGUACAUCAAAACAAUAUUUUAGUAGUUAA